UUCCCCCUAGCACCCACUCCACCCCCAAUACGUGAAUCCAUAUAUCACUACCCCUGAACGCUGAACCCAAAUCAAAUUCACCCUACCAAAACCCUAAGUUCUCCCUGCAACGGUUCUGCCGCGGUGCCGCCGCCGUCCGUGCUGUCGACGCCUCUGCUUCCUCUCUUGUAGUUCGGCGUCCUCCUUCCCCUGUCCCCGUCCUCCCCGGAUUCUCUCGAACUUGGAGCAGCUUGCGGCUGUGUCGCCACUCGCUGUCGUCUCGCCGGGCGCCGUCCAUGUCGCCGUCGAAGGUAAGCGGCACUGCCUUCACUUCCUCAGUUCUCUUCUUCUUCACUCCCCGCUGUUGUUGAUUUUUGAAUGUGACCUGUUGUUGAUUUUUGAAUGUGAAACUGUGAAUGGAUUAAUGGGAAAUCAAAUAAUUGAUUUUGUGCUGUUGCUCUUUUUUUAAUUCCUGAAAUUUUUGUUGAAAUUUUCUUCCUGCUGCUUAAAAUAGAAAUCAAAUCAUUAUUGAAAUUUUUGUUUAGCUUUAUUGAUUUCAGGUUUAGUGUGAUUAGGGAUUACUAGUUACUGUUUUGUAACGAUUGUUGCUGAAUGCUAAAAAUGGAAAUCAAAUCAAGUGUUGUUUGUUGCUGAAGGAUAAUUUUUCUUGCUUAAUGCUGAAUGCUGUUGGUAGUAUUAAUUUUGCUGCUGUUAUGAACUUAGCUGAGUUUUUUCGUUGCCUAAUUGCCAUGCUAUUGUUGUAUCUUGCUAUGUUAUACUUCUAGUUUCUAGUAGUUUUUGUUCAAGUUUUUCCUUAUUGAUGUAUAUUGUUUUAAGCAAUUGUGAAGUUGAGAGGAAGAAGUUUGGAAUCAGUCCUAGAAAAUAGGUUGUUAGUUGUUUUGGUUGUUGAUCAAGAUUUGUAUGUCACAAAAUGAUCAAUGGGAGAAAGUUGUGGAAGGUCAUAUUUUAAGUUCUGUUAUUUUGAUUGAGAAUUACUACAUCUACAUACAAUAUAGACAAAGAUUAGUGAGUAGUUUUCUUUGAAUUCUAUCAAUAGCAGGUAUAAACGAAAUUUUGUUUCAUUAUCCACGUUUAGAUUUAAUGAUUACUUUAUUUUGAGACGUAAGGUGUGACUGCAGCAGCUAAACAACUAUUGGCUUUGAUGUUACGUUGGAAAGCCAAAGGAACCCACCGUACCACUGAUAUGUAAAUAUCCGAAGGAAAAUGGGAAAAGGGUUUUGAAUUUGGAUUGAAUUUUUGGUCAAGUGUGACUUCAUUCUAACUUGUGAGCAGCCCCUUGCUAAUUGCUAACCAAAUGGAUAAAAAGGUUCAAAAGUCAGUAAGUAGCAAGAAUUUUGUGAUCACAUAUCUUCUAGAGCUUCCAGAGCCGUUUAGUGUCAUUUUCACAUGGUUUGCCGCUGUUCUCCUCCUUGUGUGGUUGGCUCGGUCACUUACAAGUGCUAUUAUAAAGGAUUCCUUGAUUCUAGAGGGUCCCUGUCCUAACUGUGGUACUGAAAAUACUUCAUUCUUGCGUACUAUACUUUCUAUUUCAAGUGGGGAUUCCACCAAUAAAGUCAAAUGUGAAAACUGUGGUACCGCAUUGGUGUAUGAUUCAACUACAAGAUUGAUUACAAUACCAGAAGGAAGCAGUUCCUAAGUGGAGUACGUGAAGAUAUAUAUAAGACACACAAAUGGGUAGUGACUAAUUUUAUCAGUGGCAAGCCAUGACUCUGCCUGAUAGAUACAUUGACGAUAGAACUCAGUAGGAUCAAACUCAAGCAGCGGGGUUGAGUUCAAACCAUUUCGCAGCUACUGCUUUGUCAUUAACCAACAUUUUUUUUGUGUUUAUUUUAUUAUUUUGGUCCCACUAACAUUUUUUAACUAAAAUAUCACCUUAUAUUAGCCAAAUUAUAUCACAUUACUUUCACAUAUAUUAUUCUACUUUUAUCAUUGAAUCCGCCAAUAAUAAGAUGUAUACAAAUAUUAUUCUACUUUCACAUAUAUAUUCUACUAUUAACAAAGCAAGUUACAAUAA